GAUCCACCGCGUCGGUAACCCCGACGAAUCGGAUUGACGCGCGAUCCAAACCGACCGACCGACCGACCGUUUUUGACGACCGGAGCGUUUGCUCGGCGAAGCGCUUGGUCGUUUCCCUCUUUUUUCUCUUUUCUUUCCGCGAUCGCGUACCACGGACGGCACGGACCACCGUGGCGAGCACCGUGGCGGACCGCGGUCACACUCGACGCAUCUCGGGCGAAGGUACGCUCGAGGCACUCGACGGCGCGAUCACGGCGGGACGAUAAUGCCGUGGGAGUAAUAGCACGGUGGUGUUUUUCCAUAACCUAGGUCGUAAAUCGUGCGGAGAUAUGCCACCGACAAAGAAGGUGGACUUGGAUAAGUUAGCAUGGGCAUGGAUAGAAUCCAUAGAUUCGGACAAGAUCGAAAAAAUACAUUUGGAAACUGCAUAUAGGAUUGGAUUGAAGAAUUGCAAAAAUUGCAAGCGUAAUUGCACAUAUAAUCCACAAUGUCUGACAGGUUUGGGAGAAGAAAAGUAUAUGAAGUCGCAGCCAGCGGAGGUAGUGUCUUUAGAAAGUUCCUUAUCUGAAUUGCGGGAUCCAACCCAAUAUGUUGGUUUAAAGAAUCUAGGUGCUACCUGCUACGUCAAUAGCUUAAUUCAAAUGUGGUUUCACAAUGAGGACAUGAGAAGAAUAAUAUACAAAUGGGAUAUUACUGAGGAUCCAGAGGAGAAGGAGGCAUUGUACCAGUGUAAAAAAGCGGGACUAUCAUCCUAUCAUCCAGUAACCGCGGUUGGCCAAUUGCAGUACAUUUUUGCGAUGAUGCAAUUUGGCAAUCGGAGCCUCCUUGAUCCAAUCAAUCUCGCUAUUGCGUUAUCCCUGGACACCAGAACGCAGCAGGACGCUCAGGAAUUCUCCAAACUGCUGUUGUGCCAUAUUGAAGGAAAGCUGCAACAAAACUCAGAGCUGAAGCAGAUGCUGCAGAUGCUGACUCAGGGAAAAUACAGCUAUAUCAAUCGUUGCUCCACGUGCAGUACCGAGUAUCCAACGUCCACGACGUUCUAUGAAUUGGAUUUACAGCUGGCGGCAACAUUGAAGGAGGCAAUUGACAAUUAUUUGUCGGAGGAACAGCUAACAGGGGCGAACCAAUAUCAUUGUGUUACUUGCAAUGAUAAAAAGGAUGCCAGGCGGUUUAUACGAUUGGAGUCUCUCCCAGAGACUUUAAAUAUUCAGCUAAUGCGCUUUGUAUUCCAUAGAGAUUCCGGACAGAAAAAGAAGUUGAAUUCGUAUAUUCAGUUCCCCGAAGACCUCGAUAUGUCGGAAUAUAUUAGGUGUUCGCCACAAACUCAUAUGUACGGCCUCGUGGCCGUAUUGAGCCACAAAGGUCCAUCUGCACAUUCUGGGCAUUACAUUGCGAAUAUUUGUAAUUCAAGCGGGGAGUGGUAUCAGUUUAGCGAUGAUAAGGUUGAAAAAAUGCAUAAUAAACGAAUCGAGGAUAGCGUAAAUGAUAAACCAAUGAAACGUGGACGCGUUCCAAAAGGAUUCUUAUCGUCCAAUACAGCUUACAUGUUGGUUUACAAAAAGUUAACCGCAGAUGGGCGAACCAAUGUUACGAAAAAAGUGAAAUUGAAGAAAUCUGAUACCGAGGUAUCCUGUGAUACUAUUUGCCUCGAGACGCUUACAGUUAGAGAAAAAUCGGAUACUCUAGACGAAACAAAACAGAAGCAUGAUAUUGAAGAUACAUCAUUACCUCAAGAAGAAAACUUAAUAAUUCAAAAAGAAAAAGAGAUAUCAACAUUAGAUUCGGAGAAUAUAACAGAAAAAGAAAUAUGUACGAUAUCUCAAAAGACUGAUACACUUACUGUGGAUGAAACUACAGAAAUUGUCGCUAGCACAAAUGGAUGUAAAGACACACACGAUUCUACCAUGGAACAAUUACAGAAUAAGGAACAGAAUAAGCCUCAUUGUUUAAAGCAGCCGGUAGUGAAAGUAAUUAAACUUGAUUAUAAACGACUGAAUGGUGAUGCACACAGAGCAAUGAGUUGCGGAGAACGUGAUUUUUACGAAGAGAUGGAAUUUGAGAAUUGGCAAGUAAGUAGCACGAUGCGUGAGCUUGUCAGACAAGAAAAUGUUAAACAUGAAUUAAGUUUGUUAGCUGCACAGCAAGAAAAACAAAAAGAAAUUGAGGAUCAAAAUUCUAAACGACAACUUGUAAUAGAUGUAUAUAAUAUAAUCCAAUCAACAGUAUCUUGGAAUAAUUAUUAUUGGAUACCAACCGAUUGGCUAUCGAAAUGGUUAAAUGGGCAUUCCUCUGCACUCGACGUCCGUCCAAUCGACAAUUCCAGUUUUAUGUGCUUGCACAAUCGACUCGAUCCAUUGAAAGUUAGUCGUAUGAAAUGCGUGCCAGAGUUAGCAGCUCAAAUGCUUUAUGAUCAAUAUCAAGGAAGCCCGCGAUUAGACCAGACAUCUUUGUGUGAAAUUUGUGUGAAACAACGCUGCAAAUUAUUGCGUUUUAAAUUAACACUUGAACGAGAUCACAAAGAAGUUGCGGAGUUAAUUCGCGCGUUUAAAGAACCUACUGAAACUAGCUAUAUAAUUGGUACUGAUUCAUUGCGAUCGUGGCGAAGAUUGGCUAUGGAAACUUUCCAAGAAGAUGUAGAACAAAAUGUAGACGAGUGUCAGGAUCCUCUUCAGGAGGACCCCAAAAAUCUGGAUAAAGAUCCCAAUGAUUCUCCGAAAGAAGUUGAGGAGAAUAAGGAAAACGAAAUUAUUAUAAACUUUAAUGAAGAUUUACUCUGCGAACACAAGUCUCUCAAAACGGCAGAUUCUAGUAGAAAAGUGAUACCCCAAGAGGCAUGGUCGAUUCUUAAGAAAUAUUUUCCGGACGCCAAUGAAUAUCCUGUUGGAUCGUCAUCCUGCUCAAUCUGCGAGGAGAAGAUGGAAAAUGCACAAAGAGCGAAGAAAGACGAUAAAAUAAAGGCGAAGCAACAGAAAGAUGAGCUCAUCGACUUGUAUUACGGAAAAAAUAGGAAUGAGAUCUCCAAAUGCAACAGUUCCGAGAAAUCGUUUUAUGUUGUCGAGAAGGGCUUUCUGGACAGCUGGCGUUCAUUCAUUCGAUACGCAGAGAUCUAUUCGAGAACACCGCCGACGGGGAUUCAGAACGCGUCGCUGCUCUGCGAAGAGCAUAAAGGAUUCCUGCAUCCGGCCAGAAUUAACAGCGAACUGUUUAGUAUAGUAACCGCGGAGGAAUGGUCGAAGCUUGUGCAAUUCUACGAGGCUGACUAUCCCAUUCUCAUAAAGAAGGUUGGCGAUGACUAUCAGACGAAUCCCGGACCGUGUGCAGCCUGCAUGUUGGCGAAGGUUGAACAGGAACGUCUGGAAAGCUUGAAGUACGAUAGAGCGACUAUCUACGUCAAGUGUAUCGAUGAAAACGAAGAAUCUAAGGUCGACAGCGAUUACGAGGUAGCGAUGAAAAAGCCAAAAAUGGAAAAGCCACGUCCAUCGCGAAGUAGGAGAAAAUUAAAAGGAUCUCACGAGCUCAAAGUGUCUUCUGAGAUUACUUUGAAAGAACUCAAAGUAAUGACGAUGCAGAUUUGCGGUGCUGGACCGUACGACCAACACAUAAUGCUAGGAGAGCACGAACUGAUCGACGAUAAUCUGAGCUUGGCGGCACUUGGAAUAUUUCCCGGGGCUCUACUCACGUUAAAAAUUGAUGCACCGAUAGAGAAUGAGACUGACGUUGAGUCCGAUGUCUACAAUUUCGAGUCUUCAUCGCCAGAGAAGGGCUUCAAGGGAACCGAACUGGUGCCGAGCUGAUCUGUAUGAACAUAAUGUAGCCAAUUUUCUCUAACGUUUAAUAAUAGUCGAUUUAACACAAGAUAUUUUUAUACACAAUUAUAAUGUAUAUAUAUCUAUCUUUACACAAUAUACAUAUUAAAUAUAUAAAUAUAUUUGAUCCUUACAUACAUGCAUCCGUUACGGACAAGUUAUGAAAAAGAGUAUAAUUCUAUGCUGUUGUGUCUUUACAACUUAUACUACAUCUAUUUGUUAAGAAAGUAGUAACGAUCGGGCAUGUAAAACGUAAAAGAAGGGUACUGAGAGUAAGGUAGUGAGAGAAAGUUCAUAAAAGCUUGUUGAUUUAAUUAAUAGUAUGAAUUUUAUAAUUUAUUAAAUUUCUGUGAAUUGAGGAAAUAAAAUAGAAACAUGAAUCUUUCUCUUUUAAUAGAUUCGAUUAGUAGAUUUGUUUGUUGAUCGAAACUGUAUCCCAUAUAUCCAUCUCGAAUGUAUAUUAACGCGAAAAAUUUUAAUGAAAGUUUUAUAGAUCACAUGUAUUUAAUUCCUUUGUAUAAAUAUAUGGCUUGAUAAUACAAUGUU